CAGACGCGGUACAGGCAACAAAGUAACCUAUCGGCCUUUCAGCUUAUCUUGCCAAAGUUUUGAAGGGACCUUACAAAUAAACAACUGCAAUAAUGUUCUGCUAAAAUAAUAUAAAACCAGUCAUUAAUUUAAUAAGUUUAAUAUUCUGGAAGGCUUUAUGUAAUUUCAGAGUGGAUAUGUUGACCUUCGUCUUUGUUUGCUUCUCUGUCUCAGUUACAGGCUUGCAUGCCGCUUUUACGGUUGUUGUUGGUAGUCCCUCAAUAAAAGUGAAAGAGAAUGAGGGAGUUGAUUUGAAAUGUUCCUACACCGCUGACUUUGGUGAAACACCCAGAAUAGAAUGGAAGUUCAAGGAUCUUAAGGGCUAUCAGUUUUUCAUCUACUUUGAUGGACGGAUAACUGCUGAAUAUGAAGGCCGUAUCACUGUGGAUGAUGGAGGACUGAGAUUUAACAAGGUGACACGAGCAGAUACUGGAGACUAUGACUGUGAGGUGUCUGGCAAUUCUGGAUAUGAUGAGAAGACCAUCAAGCUUACAGUCCUUGUGCCUCCUUCCAAGCCUGUGUCCAGAAUUCCUUCAUCAGUCACAACAGGAAGUAACGUCCGCCUGACAUGCUAUGAUGCAGAUGGUUCCCCUCCAUCCACCUAUAGGUGGUACAAAGACAACACUCCCCUCCCUGAAGAUCCAAGCAAGUUUCCCAGUUUUAAGAACCUCACCUACAAGAUGAACGUCUUCAAUGGUAGCCUGGAGUUCCCGAGCAUAUCUAAACUGGAUACUGGUUCAUAUUUCUGUGAGGCCAGUAAUGGAGAAGGUGCACCUCAGUGUGGAGAUACAGUGAACAUGGAAGUCCAUGAUGAGGACAACAGCCAAACACCAGCUGUGAGCAGCAGCUUGAGCACUGAGAACAAGGAUGUCCCAAGCAAGACCACAUUGAACCACAUGCUUGAGAAACAGUAUGGUGUAUUCUUGUUGCAAGAGGUGAAACUAAAACUAGAGAUACAAAAACUAGAAUUAGAAAUUACCAAGUUAAAGUUAGAGCUACAAAAACUUGGACAGGAACCUUGAGAGAGAGAGAGAGAG